AAGCCGGAGCGGCUGGCUGAGAGUGACGCUGCUGGCGGCUGUCGCUAUCCCGACUUUGAAAAGAACUACAACACCAUGGCAACUGGAAACAGUGGUGAUCCAUGCAGGCCAUGUUCAUCACAUGAAAAGAUCAGUGAUGUUGAUGCAGGACAAGAAAAUAAACCUUAUUACAUUCUCCAAGAGCAGGACAAGGUGGAAGAAGCAGAGGACCUUUUUCAGAACUAUACCUACUAUCAAAAUCAGAGCGAGAUGGAAGAGAACUCAGAGAAUGGAGUGAUGGUGCCUACUGUGCCAGCAACCACAGACCAGUUACAGACAAGUCCCAGUUCCACUAUGGAAAUAGGACGUCAACUGGCAAUUAUUGGGGAUGAGCUUAAUCAUCGAAAGAACAGGGAAUGUCAAGGUAUGCGGGCAUACUUUCCUCUUCAGUCUGAACAUGGAUAUGAGUCCUUCUGCAGAGUUGCUGAAAGAUUAUAUGACAAUGGAAUAAACUUGGGCCAAACUAUUGCCUUGCUGAGUUUCAGCUACAAAAUGGUGACUUACGUCUAUCAGAGAGGAAUUAUGGAAUGUUUUGGCAAAGUUUCCAAAUCUGUUGCAAAGUUUAUUACAAAGAACCAAAUUGCUCAAUGGAUUGUUGAGCAGGCAGGCUGGACCACUGCUCUUUCCAUCGAGGAUGCCAACCUGAAGUGGCUGUUUGGAAUCUUAGUGGCUGUCAUGCUGGGCGUGGCGAUUGCCCACAAGAUUUAUAAACCCUGAAUAGUCCCAUAUACAGUGCUGGAUCGUCAAAGCUGGUCUUAGACCAAGCAGCAUAUCUGCUGGAUUACUUCACCCUGGUGGUGAAGAUUUUUUAUUAUCAAAUUUGAUUAUUAGAAAUAAUGUUUUCCAAAUAUUUUUGUUUUGGAUAUUUAAGUUUUUUUGGGAAAAGUGCUGGGUCACGCUUAUAUUUUCUAAACUUUAAUAAUAUAACAUUAUGAAAUUAAAUGUAUGACCAUUACUGAUAAUUGUCUAGGUUGAUUGCUUAAAUGGGUGUUUGUUGUAGUUUCUUUUGUUAUGUACAAGAUUACAGUGAUGAUCCUGGCCGCACCAUUGCACUGGACUAAAUAUCUUGAGAAAAACUAAAAUUAUGUAAGAAGUUUAAAAAGAUGGUGGCGCAUUUCCAGACUGAACUCUCAAUUUAUGAAUUUGUGCUGUUUGAUACUCCCUUGACUUUGGGCAUUUUGGAUUAAUGGAUGGACGGUUUGGAUUAAUAUCUCCAGCCAGUAGGAUGCAGCAGAAUGCCAUACAAAUACAUUAACCCUAAUUCUAAACCCUGUACCUGACAAGAACAGGACUGGCAGGGAUUUAAGAUUGGGGCAGAGUAUAACCUCCCUGAUGACCCAUGUUCCCACCCAUCACCAUUUUAACGGUGGGGUUUGGGAAGGGGUCAGAGGUGCUCACCACAGGCAGCCCAGCAGCUCAUAAAUAAGCAAAGGCGGGAACCUAUGAUUCUAUUAGGCUGUGAUUUUAACACUGGGUUGCACUAGUGCUGGACCUACCAGUAAAACCUAGUGGCUAGGUAGCAGCAGGACCAGAAGAGGUUCAGGAAGAUAAGUUGUAAGCAAAAAUGCUUGAUAUUUUCCUUGUGUGCCAGUAGCUAAGACUCCAUGGAAACAUUGGGCUUCUUCUGCCCUGGACUUUCUUCCAACCAUCACUUAACUUAGCACUGAGAACUGUUCCCUCUGUCCCUGGCAGCUGCCUCCUGCUGCCCUAAACCCCACUUCCCACCCACUAUGAUUCCCACCAGGUUUGGCCUGUAGUCCAACUGAGGUUCGGGAAUUAAAAUCUCUCCGUUCCUUCCCAUGCUGUGAUGCACACUUCCUGCUUGGCUGAGCCCUCACACUCAGUUAAAAUUAGGGCUAUAAAAUGUUUCACAUACCAAUAUCACUCAGUGUGAUUUCACUCCAGGGAAAUGUGAGACAGGCUUAAAGACAUGAAGUAUUAACAUAUUCCUUCACUGUAAAUUUGAACUGUUUUAAAAGGUAUGCCUGGAUAGUAUGAUGGACAUUUCAGAAAAUAAAAAUGUAACUAC